AUGCCCAAGUGUGACAACUGUGACAAACAAAUAGCCAAGAAAUCUGCUAUGUGCAACAAAUGCUCCAAAACUGUACACGCUACCCAUGCUUGCACCGGCUUAACACCUAAGCAAUUAGCAACACAGCAGCAGGAAUGGACUUGCGAAGAUUGUCGCCGCGAAACUCCAAGACAAAAGUCGUUUGUCAUACAAGAAGAGGAAGAUGAAGACGAGGAGGAACUAGUAAUAACACAAAGUACUGAGAGCGGAUCCCGCGCAAUGAAAAAGUUACUAAGCGAUAUAUCAUUCGAGGUUAAAAAAAGAGUAAAGAAAGAAAUAGGCUCAGUAAACGAAGCACUCAGCUCUUGUUGUCAAAAACUGGACGGAAUAAUGGACACUUUAGCGAUUAUUACCGGAAAAAUAAAAGAACUGGAAAACAAAAACAAAUACUUACUUAAUGAACCAAAAUAA